CCUAACUUCACAAUUGAAAACUGGUGACCCAUUUUCUCUCUUGCUAUUCCCCGAACCCUAGCCCUUUCCUCCUUCCUCUCCCACUCUCUUUCCACGGCCACCACCACUUCCCUCUCCUCUGCUCACUCCCACUACUAUCUCUCUCUCUCAUUGACCGCCUCCGCUCCCUUGCCGGCGCCAUCACCUCCAUCAGCAAGUUCUCUCUCUCUCUCUCUCUCUCUCUCGGAUCUCGGAAGACUAAAAGAAGGCAAAGAACCCUUCUCUCAAUCUCUAUCUCGAAUUGGGGAAAUCGAUUGCUUCUAUGAACCAAUCCUUCUCUCAAUCUGUCAGUCAAAUAUGGGAAACCGAUGGCUGCUGUGAGGGUUGAAUGCAAAGAUUUUCACCGACGGCUGUGCUUAUUAUCUUGGCUUGGUAGUGUUUCAAGGGUUUUUUGUAUAAGAAAACGUCUUCUUCAUCUACAGAUGGUGUCUCUGAUUCAAAUCCCAUUGCUUCUGGAUCUGGGGGUUCACAGUUUAGAGUCUCGAAAAUGGUAACAGAUGCAGAUUUGAAGUUUCUGAUUGAAAAUUUGGACGAGAAGAUCGGUCAGAAUAAGAAAUGGGACAAUGUCAUAGAGAAAGGAAAUGAUCUUCUAUACUACAGUGCUAAGUGCUGCAAGCCUAAGGAAACUAAUGCUGUAUCCCAAGGGUACUAGCACCAGUAGUGAUUAUCUUUCUCUGUUCUUGGUAUUGGAUAAUCCAGCUGUCCUUCCUCCUGGCUCUGAAGUAUUUGCAGAGUUUACAUUGCGAAUUCUAGAUCUGAACUGCGGCAAACAUCAUUCUCUUAAAAGUGAACAGUGGUUCAGUGCCUCGAGUUGGUCUUGGGGAUGGGAUGAGUUCCUUACACAGAGGGCCAAGUUUUUCAAGAAAGAUCAAUGCAUUGUGGAGGCAGAAAUCACUAUUAAAGGAAUUUCUAGUUAACCCAGCUAGAUAUAUAGAUUUGAAGCCGUUGGCAACUUGGCAUAACUUUCACUGCGUCUCAUAAUAAUUUCGACUUGUGGUUUACUGGAAGCUUUCUGGUGUUAUAAUUUAGUUCCAACCUCUCGUUCUAAUCAGUCUCUCCUCUUUUAAGAUGAAAAAUUCACUAAACUAAACUCAAAUUUCUCUAUGAAAGUUGCAUGUAAUUAAUGUAUUUCCUGUUGUCAUUUUUUCUGUGGUUAAUUUGGACUUUGGAGUUGUGUCUAAGACAUAUUUAUAUAUCUAGGUUGACUUGG